AUGAAUGCAGAAGGAAGAAAACAACUCAAAGAAAGAAAGAAGAAGAAGAAAAAAGCUUUGUUCUCGAUCUACCAAGGGCUUAAUGAUACAAUGUUCGAGAUUAUCGCUCCAGCAAAUACUUCAAAGGAGGCUCGGGAAAUGCUUCAAAAAGCAUUCGGUGGUGUUAAUAAGGUAAAGAAACUUCGUCUACAAGUUUUACGAGCCGAGUUUGAAAAAUUACAACCAGAUGAAGAGGAUGAGAACAAAGAGGAAGAGGAGGCAGAAAUCAGACCAAUCAAGAAUCUCCAAACAUUGAAGGUGGUGGAGAAAAUUCUAGCCAUAGAGGCCGAGGUUAUGGUCGAGGACGUGGUCGAGGCCGUGGACAUAGACAAGGAGGGAAUCGCCCCGGAUCAGCAGAGAUUGAUUUUUGCUGGGAAGCAAUUGGAAGAUGGCACAACUCUUGCAGACUACAACAUCCAGAAAGAGUCGACACUUCAUCUGGUUCUGAGUUUUCGGGGUGGAAUGAUGAUCAAGGUCGAGACACUCAACAGGCUUAUCUACUUAGGGAAGGAACUCGCUGAUGACAAGACUGCCCGGGAAUCCAACAUCGAGGAUGGUUCCGUUCUUCACCUUGUGCUUGCUCUGAGGGGUGGCACUUAG